AUGCACUCGAUCAAGAAGAUUGCUCGACGAGAGGCAUGGUAUGACGAGGGUCCAUCGUACAACCCGUUCGGGCGAUAUAAUGUGCAUCGACAGCAGAAAAAGGUCGCCGAUGAGGAGCUAGCCAAUGGUGCGAAUGGCGGACCACUAAAUCAUGUGCAAACUGAGAACAAUCUCGGCCCGUCACCAGUAGAGACACAACGGAAGACCGACUGGCAGCCUCAGCCAGGCCCACACAAGGCUCCUACCUACCCACAAGGACCCGAAAAUGAUCUGCCGGAGAAGCGUGAGCAGAAGGUUGAUGAUAUAUCACCAAGCGCAAGCACCAGCAAAGGCAGCUGCGAGAAGCCGGCACAGCCACAGCGUGAGAUACCCAGCGUGACAGAGGACUCUGUAGGCGCUCAGAAUGGCGACGGCACACGAAAGCGCAAGUCGCGCAAAUUCCUACCAUGGAAACAUUCUGGCAAGGGCGAUGAGCAGGAUGUCCAGCGAACAGACACGAACGAGUCCAAGGGCAAGCAGUCCAAGCACAAGAUCACGUUCAUGUCGCAAUUCAAGGCCGUCUUCUUCUCCUGGAUCAACAUUUUACUGAUCAUGGUGCCGGUCGGCAUUGCUUUGGAGUACAGCGGCGUCAACAAGAUUGUGGUCUUCGUCAUCAACUUCUUGGCCAUCAUCCCGUUGGCUGCUAUGCUUUCCUACGCAACCGAGGAGCUGGCCAUGUACAUUGGAGAAACACUUGGUGGUCUGUUGAAUGCGACGUUCGGCAAUGCUGUCGAAUUAAUCGUCAGCAUCAUCGCCCUGGCGCAAGGACAGAUCUUGAUUGUGCAAACAUCACUGAUCGGAAGUAUGCUGUCCAACUUGCUCCUGGUCAUGGGCAUGUGCUUCUUCUUCGGCGGUCUGAAACGAACCGAGCAAUUCUUCAACCUCACAGUCGCACAAACGGCCGCCUCUCUGCUUGCGCUCGCCAUCGGAUCCUUGAUCAUUCCCACGGCGUUUUCCAUCUUCACACCAGGUAAUGCAGACGAUGGUGUCACAGCAGCCUCGCGCGGUACUGCCGUCAUGCUCCUGUUCACCUACUGUUGUUACCUGUUCUUCCAACUCAGGACACAUAUCGACAUGUACAAUGCACCCAGCCAGAAGUCGCCGAAGAGACCAAGUGGCAAGAAGGAUGCUGGCGAUGCUAUGCGUAGCCUUGCUUCCAUGGGAGCUGGAACGGGCGCUGCAGCAGCCGGUGGCCAGAUCAACCAGGAGAACCUUGUUCAUGAUGAGCCCGAGGAAGAAGACGGUCCACAGCUUACACGUCUGGGCGCACUUGUCACCCUCGCCUUCUCUACCGUGUUGAUCGCUCUGUGCGCCGAGUACAUGGUCAGCGCCAUCGGUGCAGUCGCGAAGUCCGUGUCGCCAGAGUUCAUCGGCCUGAUCUUGCUACCCAUCGUCGGCAACGCUGCCGAGCACGCUACCGCCGUCACCGUUGCAAUCAAGGACAAGAUGGAUUUGUCCAUCGGUGUGGCCGUCGGAUCAUCACUCCAGGUCGCCCUUCUCGUGCUCCCGUUGAUGGUGUGCUUGAAUUGGUUCGGCCUGGGUGCGCCGGCCGAUCUGACAUUGAGCUUCGAUGGUUUUCAGGUAUCGGUGUUGUUCAUUGCUAUCAUCGUCGUGAACUACGUAAUUCAGGACGGCAAGAGCCACUGGCUCGAGGGCAUGCUAUUGCAAGUCACCUACUUGGUCAUCGCCGUAGCCGCAUGGUUCUACCCCGCCUCAAAUGCCAUAGUAGGCUAA